AGAAUCUUGACUACUUGACCAAGUCCUGCUACAGCUUGACCUGGUACUUCUGUCUUACUAGCCUGCCAGCAUGUACAACAGGCAGCAGUCAGGCACCAACAACGUCCCCCUCGCACGUAACAGGCUUGCAGAACGCGAUGGACCAGGCUCCUUCCAACCACCGCCCCCACCACCUCAACCCUCAGGCUCAGGCUACAGCUCCAUCGCUGGCUACGGUACCGGAUCAGGCUUAGGCUCAGGCUCGGGCUCAGGACAUGGAUACCCUGCACCCCCGCCUUCCCGACCAAGUGCCCAUAAACGCAAGAUUCGUUGGGACGAUGCAGACAAAGGCGGCAAAGGUGUCACUGGCUUAACAACAGCCAUUACCUCGCCCAUGACAAUGGAGCAAUUGGAAGCGUAUGCAUUGCAUGUCAGACUAGAAGAGAUCACGCACAAAUUGCGCGUCAAUGAUGUGGCUCCGGAUGAGUCUCGUCGUAGUCCCUCACCACCGCCUACGUAUGACACAUUUGGCAGGCGUGUCAACACGGCAGAAACACGGUAUCGUAAGCGUCUCGAGGAUGAGCGGCAUGGUCUUGUUGAGAAAGCACUCAAGACGAUUCCUGACUUCAAGCCACCGCCAGACUACCGACGUCCAACAAGGACCACGGAGAAAAUCUACGUACCUGUUGCGCAGUAUCCUGAAAUCAACUUUAUCGGACUCCUCAUCGGUCCUCGAGGUAAUACACUCAAAACGAUGGAGUCCAAGUCUGGUGCCAAAAUUGCCAUCCGCGGAAAAGGCUCCGUCAAGGUAGGAAAAGGUCGCAAUGAUCCAGCAACGAGUCAAGCACAAGAAGAAGACUUGCAUGUUCUCAUCACGGCUGACAAUGAAGACAAGAUUGUCGCUGCAGUCAAGCUUGUCGAAGAAGUGAUUGGCACAGCUGCCUCAACACCAGAAAAUCUCAACACCCUCAAGAAGAACCAGCUGCGUGAGCUGGCCUCCCUCAACGGAACCUUGCGAGACGAUGAAAACCAAAUGUGUCAGAACUGUGGUGAAAUUGGACAUCGUCGCUACGACUGCCCACAGCGCAACAACUAUACCGCCAACAUCGUGUGUCGACUCUGUGGCAACGCAGGUCACAUGGCUCGCGAUUGUCGUCAGGGGUCUGGCUCGAAUGGUGCACCACUCGGUGGAGCAAGUCGUCAAGAUCAAGAAUACGCAACACUCAUGAAUGAGCUCGGUGAAGCCAAUGGUCGCGGGGUCCUCAACGACAAAUCAUGUCCGGCCCACCAGGCGCAAGUGGUGGUGCUGCUCCUUGGGAUCGUCCGGGACAAGGCAGUAGUGGCUCUGCAGCACCUUGGGAGCAACAAGGAGGACAACAGGCGUCUGCUUCGAGGCCUGCAGCUCCUGGAUAUGGAAGUAUGCCACCACCACCAUCUGCACCUGGGUAUAGUGGUGCGCCUGGCUUCGGUGCUCCUCCGGGAAUCGAUGCAUACGGCGCACCGCCAGGCGUCUCAUCACUGCCACCGCCUCCAGGUGUCACCCUGCCACCUCCACCGCCUCCUGGUUCGCAGUACAAUCAGCCUCCUCCUCCGGGACAUUAAGAUGAAGUAAUCUUGUAGAAAAAAAAACAUUGCUAUG